AUGAAGUUAAAACGCCUAAUGCUCGCACUCUACCAUCCUGGGAAUUUUUACCUGAUUCAUUUGGACAAUGGUGCCCCUCAGGUUGAGCAUCAAGAAAUUUCAAGAUUUGUGUCAAGUAAUCCUGUUUUUAGUGAAGUUGGGAAUGUUUGGAUUGUGAAGAAGGGUAAUUUAGUCACCUACAGAGGCCCUACUAUGCUUGCUACAACACUACAUGCAAUGUCUAUGCUUUUGAGGACUGCAAAUUGGGAUUGGUUUAUUAAUCUCAGUGCAUCUGAUUAUCCAUUAGUAACUCAAGAUGAUUUGAUCCAUUCUUUUUCUGACCUGCCUAGAGAUCUAAAUUUUAUACAGCACAGCAGCCGUUUGGGUUGGAAAACGAACAAAAGAGGAAAACCAAUUAUAAUAGACCCUGGUUUGUACAGUGUAAAUAAAUCAGAAAUUUGGUGGGUUAUCAAGCAAAGAAGUCUGCCUACUGCUUUUAAGCUUUAUACAGGUUCAGCAUGGACAGUGUUAUCAAGAUCCUUCGCUGAAUAUUGCGUAGUCGGGUGGGACAAUCUACCUAGGACUCUUCUUCUUUACUACACAAAUUUUGUGUCAUCACCAGAGGGUUAUUUUCAAACAGUCAUAUGCAACUCCGAGGAUUAUAAGAACACGACGGUGAACCAUGAUCUUCAUUACAUCACUUGGGACAACCCUCCAAAGCAGCAUCCUAGAUCACUUGGAUUGAGAGAUUAUAGAAAACUUGUCCUAAACAAUCGUCCAUUUGCCCGGAAGUUCAAGAAAAACGACGUAGUACUGAACAAGAUUGAUCGUGAACUUCUUAAAAGAGGGUCCAGACAAUUUGCUUAUGGAGGGUGGUGUUCUAAGGGCGAGGAUACUCAAGAAAAAUGCUCGGAAUUGCAGAGUGAAAAAUAUGGUGUUCUAAGGCCUGGCAUAGGAUCGAGAAGGUUGAAAAUUUUGCUAAAAAAAUUAAUUUCUGCUCAAAAUUUCAAUAAGCACCAAUGCAAAUGA